AUGGAGAAUGUAAGAAAAAUUCAGGAGAAAAUGAAAGAGGCACAGGAUCGGCAAAAGAAGUAUGCUGAUUUGAGAAGAAGGAAGUUGGAAUUUGAGGAAGGAGAGGUCUACCUAAAGGUUCAUAAUGUGUUUCACGUGUCUCAAUUGCGGAAAUAUGUGCAUGACCCUUCUCAUAUACUGACUUAUGAACCUCUUCGGAUUGAUGAGCCAUUAAGUUAUGAAGAAAGGCCUGUUCGAAUUCUGGAUAAACGAGAAAAAGUGUUGAGGAACCAAGUUAUUCCAUUGGUAUGGGAAGAAAAGUUUUCAAGCCAAAGGUCCAAGGAGAUUAAUCAAAGUCAAGGGAAGAAGAAGGUAGGUGAGGUACUAAGAAGUUCAGUAGAGAAUCAAGAUUUCAAAGAGGUUUAUGAAUGA